AUAAAUAGAUAAUAAAGGAGGCGUUACGCAGUUGAUGCAUGGAGGACACAGGCUUAAAGAUGUACUUUUUAGUUCAUCCAUGACCCAGGGAAGUGGCCAUUGAUAGAAUCAGUUGUGUAAAAAUGUGUUCACAUGACUGACAGUCGAUAUUAUUCUCCAGAGGAGGCGGCAGAGGAGGACGGGGGGCGUUUCCCUGCGUCGCUCUAUACCUUUACAGCCUCCUUCAGACCUCACCUGUCAGGGUGGAACUCCUCGGCUGUAAAACACACUCUAUGUCCUCAGAGGCGACUGGAAACAGAAAUUAACAGCAGCAUGGAGUCUCCACUGAAUGAUUCUCCUGUCAGAUCGGGCUUCUGCCGACACGAGGUGCAGAAAACGACGUGGGACACACCGGAGAGAUACACGGCGCUGCGCGCGAUCGGCUCCGGAGCUUACGGGACGGUUUGCUCUGCCAUUGAUCAGAAAACGAAGGAGAAGGUUGCCAUCAAGAAGCUGUACCGUCCUUUCCAGUCGCUCAUCCACGCCAAGCGAGCGUACAGGGAGCUCAGACUGCUGAGACACAUACAGCAUGAUAAUGUGAUCUCGCUCCUCAACGUCUUCACACCCGACUCCACUCUGGAAAAAUUCCAAACCUUUUACAUGGUGAUGCCAUUUGUAGCUCAGGAUCUGGGUCACAUCAUGAAGAGAAAGAAAUUAUCUGAUCGCAUCAUCACGUACCUGUUCUACCAGCUGCUGAGGGGGCUCAAGUACAUUCAUUCUGCAGGGAUCAUUCAUCGGGAUCUGAAGCCUGGCAACCUCGCUGUGAAUGAGAACUGCGAAUUAAAGAUCCUGGAUUUCGGCCUGGCCAGACAAACAGAAAGUGAAAUGACUGGGUAUGUGGUGACGCGCUGGUACAGAGCACCAGAGAUCAUAUUCAACUGGAUGCACUACAGUCAGACAGUGGACGUGUGGUCAGCAGCCUGUAUCCUGGCUGAGAUGAUUACAGGACAGGUGCUCUUCCCGGGACACGACAGUAUCGAUCAGCUAAAGAAGAUCCUCCAUCUGACAGGAACCCCAGACUCCUCCUUGGUUCAGAAGAUGCAGAGUAAAGAUGCUCAAUCAUACGUGCAAAGUCUUCCCCCACAGAAGAAGAAAAACUUCAGUGAAGUGUUUCUCUCCAUGGAUAAAAAUGCUGUAGACCUUCUGGAGGGGAUGUUGAUGCUGGAUCCAGAGCAAAGGCUGACAGCCAAGCAGGGACUGCCACAUCCUUUCCUUGCUGAAUUUUAUGAACAAGAGGGCGAGCCCGACUCUGAGCCUUACGAUGAUUCGUUUGAGAGCCUGGAGCUCGCCGUCGGGGAAUGGAAGAGUCUUAUCCACAUGGAGAUCAUGACCUUUGAUCCUGACAACCCCUGUAAGACAGCCAUGUAGGAUGAUGCGACACGCUGAUUCCUUUCUCUGCUUGAAGGCGAACACAUAUAACAUAUUCUUUAGGUCAGUGACUGUCAGUCUCAUUGGGAAACCAAAAACAAAAGGAUUUCCCAAAAAAUGUAUGUUGUGUGUGUCUGAUAUAUUUUAAAAAGUGUUUUACUCAAGACUAGGUGUGUUGGCCUGUAAAGGACAAAGCAUAGUCUGAAGGUGUGUUCAGAAAUUUGGGACGACUCAUUGAACAAUUCAUAGAAAUUAACAGGGUUGGGACAUUUUAAUGUUGCUGAGACGAUCAGGAAAUAGACUCCUGGGUUGUAUCUGUGUGUGUUUUCUUGACGUCCUUGUAUAGAAUAUACAUAUGCAUUGUAGAAACAUUAAGUUGCUUACAAUAAAAGAUGUCCUUAUUUACAUUUCAUCUUA